GCGAUGAUGGAGCGCUCCGGCAGCACCCGCAUGGUUGCCCAUGACUCACGCAGACCAGCCCGUUCGCACGCUUGUCGCCAGGGAAAGCCCAGGCUUCAUCUUUUGCUGGGUGGAAGUGCCCCAGGGCGGUGGCUGAGAGGACAAGAGCACUAUGUGAUGAAAUACAGCCAGACAAACGGCUUCUUUCUUCGAAUGCAAUGACUCAGCAGCUACAGGAUGAAUUUGACAGUAGCGUGGAGAAUGCAGAAGCUUGGAUGAAGGCCAUCCAAGAGAGACUGAGGAUCAAUGACAACACCAAGGGACCUCGAUCUGCCCUGGAAGCCAGACUAAGAGAGACAGAGAAAAUAUGUGCUCUGGAACCAGAAGGCAGCUUGAAAAUGGACUUGAUUCUUGUGAAGGCAGAUGCUGCUCUUCGUAGCAUCAGUGAGGAUAAGAAGCGUGAAGUAUUAUCUAAAUUGAGACACAUUAAAGCCUUGUGGGAAGAGACAGCCAUAUACAUCACUCACUGUCACAGCCGCAUUGAAUGGGUCUGGCUGCACUGGAGUGAGUACCUGAAAGCCCAGGAUGAGUUUUACGCAUGGAUUCACAACAUGAGGGUGACCUUGGAGCCUGACAUUGAGUUGCAACUUGGCUUAAAGGAGAAGCAGUGGCAGCUGAGCCACGCUCAGGUUCUGCUGAAUGAUGUCUUAAAUCAGUCAGUCUUGCUGGAAAGGCUGCUGGAAGAAGCUGCUUCCUUGUUCAACAGGAUAGGAGACCCCAGUGUUGAUGAGGAUGUUCAGAACAAAAUGAGGGUGGAAUAUGAAGGAAUCAGGGAAGAAGCUCAGAACAGAGUGAAACUGCUUGAAAAGAUAACCAACGAGCAUGAGCGGUACAGCGCUAACGUCAACCAGUUUCAAUCGUGGCUGAAUGGUGUGACAGAAAGAUUAAACUGCUGCAUUGGGGAAGCAACCAAGUCUUCAGCAGAGGACAAGCUAAAGGCACUGAAGGAAAUUACCAAAGCCAUCAGGAGUGGUGGGAAGAAAUGGAAGCACCUUGAAAAUCAAUGUGCAGAGGUGAUUCAGAAUACCUCCCCAUUGGGAGCUGAGAGAAUGAAGGAUGAACUCGAAGAGCUGAAAAAAGCCUUGGAGAAGUUGAAACUGCUGAGCAGUGAGGAGGAGGAAAGAUUGCUCAAGAUCCAACAGUCAGAAAAUGCCUACAAGUCCCAAGCCAGACAAUUAGAAGCAGAUAUCCAGGAAUUCAAAAAAGACCUACAGAAACUAGAAAAUGACCUGAACUCUGGAGAAAGGGAAAAGACUGAAGAUGAGUUUGUAGCUCAGUGGAGAAAAUGCAAUGCAACAAGAGCCGUUCUGGCUGCAGAAGAGUCGACGAUUGAGAGGCUAAAGGCUCAGCUUAAGGAUCUGCUACAGUUUUCCCAAGAUGUGCAGCCACACGCUGAGAGUGUUGUCUCUGCCAUACGGGACUAUCAAAGUGUUAGAGGGAAGACAUCUAAAAUGAGUACCGACACAGAAACUCAACUGAGGAAACUUUUCCAAAAUCCCCUGCAAGAUUUUGAACAAUGGAAGCCAUCUGUCCAGAUGCUCCUGGAGUCUCCAGAGCCGUUGCUGGCACAGAUUGAGGUUGCUCUAGCUGAAAGCUCCCAGUUCAAAGAAAAGUUGAUGACAUUACAGUUGAAGAAAGAUUUGCUAAACAAUAUCCUUGGUGAGGAAAAAGCUAAAGCUUUCCUGGCAGAAGUAGCUGAAGCUUCAAAGGAGAGAGAAAUACUACACAAAAGUCUGUUACAAACCAAAAGCAAACUCCAGAAUUUGAUAUCACAACAUAAGGACUUUGAUGCUGGUUUUGCACCUUUGCAGAAGAAAUUAUCUGCCAUCAAAGCCAAAUUAGAUCUGGAAAAUGAACCACAGCCAAACCUCUUGGGUAAAAAGACACAGCUCCAGAGACUCCAGAUGAUCCAAGAUGACUUGGCAGAGCUUGCAAUUCAAAUGGAAGAGGUAGAGAAGCUGGUUCAGUCAAACACGACACAUAGGCAUGAAAUGAAUCAACUUUCAUCUGACGCUCAGGCCGUGAAGAGAUCACUGGAGAUAAUGAUACAGCAGACUGAAGAGCAUGUACAGAAGCACUGGGCAUUUAAUGACAAACUCUCUGACCUCCAGCAAUGGAUCACAGCAACCACAGAGAAGAUCAGCUCCUACCAGGGUGCUGAUGGAGAGCAGAGCACUGAGAGCAGGAUGGCAGACCUCGAGAGAUGGCUAGCAGAGUUUCCAGAUAAGGAGAUCCAGCUGCACCUCGUAGAAGCUCAUGGCCAGCUGGUCAUGGAGAAUUCUUCCCCAGAGGAGACCGCCCAUGUCCAGGCUGAGCUGGAUCAGCUGAAGGAGUCUUGGAGAUCACUGAAAGAAAUGGCAACUGGUCUUUUCAAAAGGUGGCAGUUAAAUAGACCAGUGGCUGAUAAGAAGAGAAAGAAAAUAGCAUUUGUGGACAGCAGACACAUGUCUGGACCUGCAUUCCGUCUUUUAGAUCCCAACCAUAAGCAGGAGAGGAUAGAACAAAAUACAAGUAGCCACCUUAAGCUCCUACAUGACUUUGAAGAGUGGUUGCAAGGAGAAAAUGCCAAACUGUCCAAAAUUCUUGCUGCGACUUCAUCUUCCACAGAGGAAAUCAAGGCACGCCAUAAAAAACUGGAGGAACUACAGGCUCGUGUGCCUGAUGGUCAGCGUCGCUUUGAGGACCUUCUUCAUCUUCAUCCUGUCAUUGGCGACUCUGAAGGUCUGGAGGACCUGCGUUACCGAUGGAUGCUUUACAAAUCUCAACUGAAAGAGUACAUGAGUUUGCCGAGUAUGAGAUCUUCAGAAGAACCAGACAAAUUCAGGAAGAAGCGCUCUGGAGUGUGCUCCUUCCUGCAUCGAGUGUGCUGGGCAGCACUGCCACUGCAACUGCUCCUCCUGUUCCUUCUGCUCCUGGCCUUCCUCCUGCCCCUGGUAGAGGACACCCACAGCUGCACGCUGGCCAACAACUUCGCUCGGUCCUUCAACCUGAUGCUGAGAUACGAGGGCCCACCUCCAACCUAACUUCUUGGCAUGGCAAGAGGUGACUCAGAAAUACAGACUCUCUUUUUCUUUUCUUUUUUCUUUUUUCUUUUUUUUAACAACUGCGCGUAUUGUAGACUUUAGGGCUUCUAAUAGGGCCAUCUUAUCAACUGGGUAUAUCACAUAAAUGCAGCAUAAGAUUAGUCCACAUUAAUCAAGUAUUUGAGCAAAAAUAAUAUUUUUACAAUAUUUUGUUAUAAUAUUUAUAAAAUGUAUAUAGAGGUUGUGUAUAUGUGUGUACAUAUAUAUAAAAAGUAUAUAUAAAUGCAUAUCUGUGGUCAAACUAACAUCUCCACCCAUUCAUCCACUGUUUGGGGAUAAUCCUGCAGUGUUUAUGUUUAUACCACCUUUCAGCAAGGAACACUGAAUGGUGGUGGUGGUGUGGUUGUUUUGGUUGUUUUUUGUCUUUUUAAAUCAGAUUUUUGUAGUUUACAACCAAAGUCAGCAAGUAUGUGAAGAUGCGAACAUGCACCAGAGUGUGAAUCGGGGAGCAGGUAGAACAGAAUUGUGUUCGAAGGCAGUGGUUGACAUUCAGCCUGAGGAAAACUGGGACAAUUCUAUUUAAAAUCUUGAACUGUUUUUUCAGUAUCUGGAUGCAGGUAUUGCAGAAGGUAAUGGAAAAUUUUCCCCUGGCUUAAAUAGAAGUGGGGGUGGGCCUUCUCUCAUUCUCUUUUUUUACCAGAUUUCUUUUCCAAUUACUGUGUUCUCCAGCCCACCUAAAUCAGGAGAGGUAGAAUAUAGUAGGAGGAAAGCUGGGAAAAAAAAAAAAAAAAAAAAAAAAGACUUUUUUUUUUUGUUUGUUACAUCUAUAUAGAGAACUUGUAAAAUCAGGUCAUAAUUUUCUGAACAAAUUUCUGAGCACUGAACAAAACCUUAUAUCAGUGAUUUUGUUUUUAAAAAAGUAGUGGAGAUUUUAUUGUUAACAUUAUUAUUAUUACUUUAUAAAGAGUCAUUUGGGAAUGGAUUAUGCAGCCUGAACAGUGGGAUACAACCUGCCUCAAUGUCAGCAUUGCAAAAGUCAGAACUACUUCAAUAACACCUCCCUGAAAACAAAUUUCUUUCAUAGCCUAUUUUUAUGUUAAUGCGUUAAUGUUUUGCUGUGACUGUAUCAAAGGCAGGCAAGCAUGGAUUUCUAUAUAGGUUGAAUGCCAAGAUGAUAACAAUUUAUCAUUUAUUUACCUAGAUUUAUACCUGAUUUAUCAACUUUCUGAAUGUACAUUUUAACAUUGCCUUUUAAUGUAAAACCUCAGCUUUACUGUGAUGAAACCAUUCUUGGUGGUGUUUUACCUAAUUGAUUCCUGAAAGGAAAGGUAAUUUCUAAAAUGUUGUGCCAUUUCUGAGAGCAACACCUUAUUUUCCCUUUAUUUUAGCUCAGUAAUAAUCAUGAGAAGGAGGGGGGAGAAGAAGAAAAAAAAAUUAACAGAAGAAACAGUUAUUUUUCCUAUCCUGGCUUUGGUGCAGGAGGUUUGCCUUGUCAGCACCAGCAUGUGGUGGUACUUCGUGUUUUCCAAAUAUGUUCCAAAAUAAUAUUAAAUCUGUUGCACAGGAAAAUUAUUUAGUAGCUGAGGAAUUGGAGAAGGAAAUCGUUUUUCUUUAACAAACCCAUGAAUGUUUUGUUAAAUAAAAAUAACUCGAGUAGAAUAGGAAGGCAGAGCAGCAAGGAGCUUGUUAUGGGCACAGAGUGAAGGGGAACAAGCAGAUGUCAAAGAAGAAUAGAUAGAGAAGAGAGGGGUCCAACAACUUAUAAAGCCUAAGAAAAUCUCUUGAAUAACAGAAAAGACAAGAAUACAGUCUCUAAAGAGGAAACAUUUCUGAUUCUUUUUGAUCCCCUCUCCUCGCUCAAGUAUUGAUACACACAUUAAACACCCUUUCUUCAGUAAGAUUUAAAAUGGGGCAAGUAAGAGGGACUCUGUCAGCGUUCUGAGGAGGCUCUUUUGCCAUCAGCACUCUUGCACUGUCUUCCUAGUAAUGCUUCCAACUACCCUGGUUUUGCUAGAGUGGCAUGUAAACAUCAAAUUUCUGAAAAAAAAAAAAAAAAGAAAAAAAAAAAAAGAAAGUGAGGUUGUGAAAAAGAGCAAAGGAUAGCAGGGAAGGUGAAGGUAUUCAGGUAGAGUGCAAGGGGAGGAUCUGAACUGAAGCAAAUUAAAGCCUGAGUGUCAGGUGUCAGCAGAAGAGAGGAAGAGAGCAGGCAGAGGGGGGAGUGAAAGCAGAGAGGUGAGGGGAAAGGCUGUAUGCAGAGAGAUAGCUAAAGAUAUUCACAGCUAAACAGGAAGCGAGGGAAGGUAGGGGCUGUCAUUUCCUUCAUGGAGAAGCCAGAUGGAGAGGAGUUCUAAUUCGUCAGAGAGCGGGGCAAAUGAAUUCCUGCUUUGCCGCUGUUCUUUCUGGAGGCAGAGGACAUGCCUCCUCCUCUCCUCCGAUUAGCUGCUCAGGAGCCAUGCACAGUCCUGCAACGCUUCUCUAAACAUUGCUGCCAGCCCCAGGGGAAGAACCCAGUGGCUGUGCAGCAAGAAGCUAAUCAUCAUCAGGCACGGCUCUGCUUCUAAUGAAAUGCUUCAAUGGAAAAGAAGUGUGGGAGAAGAGGGGCAGUGACAAAACCUGCUGUAUGUGGUUAUGUAUAUGUGUGCUCGUGCACGCACUUUUCUCUGAUGUAGCUACAUUGCACCUCUCUUUUUGAGUUUUGCUGAGCCUCUCCAUGUGAAGAAAAUAAAUGCCAGUGAAAAACAGAUUUAAAAUAAUGAGUGAAAAUAUAGCCACAAGAGAAAUUCAGAAGGGGCAUACACAAGUUUCUACUGUGAAAGCACGUAUCUCACAUCAGAUUUCUUUCUGCCCAGCCUUUCUAAUCUGGAUGAUUUUUAUGGAAGCAUGCAACUGGAUAAAAAUAAAUAAAUAAAAGUAAUAAUAAUAAUUAAAAAAAAAGUUACACAAAGGACCAUAACAGAAAACCCCAUCAUCUUGAAGUUUCAGUGUUUUGGCAAGAUUAGGAAAA